AACUUGGUAACUAUAUAGAUAAAAUAGAAAUAGUAAGUAUAUAUAAGUAAGUAUAUAGGUUAGAAAUAUAGACUAUGUCUAUAUCUCUUAUGUGUAUUUUUAAGUAAUCUUCAAUUUCUUGUAGUACCAAAUAUUAUAUUAUAUUUUUAUACAAGAAUAUCUAUGAAUACAAAAAUAUAAUUAAUCAAUAAUAUUAAAUAUAAUCAAUAAUAUAUAAAUAGAAAAAUGGACGCAUAUGAACUUUUUCGAAAACUUUCUACUGGUAUAAAAUUUGAUAAAAAACGUUUUCAAAUUGAUGCAGAAAGAUUUCAGCUUAUUAAAAAGCAACCUGAAAAUGUAAUUAGUGAUAAAAAAAUAAUUAAAACUUUUGAUGAUAUAAAUUAUUCAGCAAUAUGUAAGAAAAGAAAAUACAAUGAUAUUGAGGAAAAAACUGAAAAUAUUAAUGAACUAAUGUUAAUUAAUGGAAUGUCUGUUUCCAAAAAUCAAAAUAAAAAGUGCAAAGUGUCUUUAACAGAAGAAAAACAAUUAAAAUUAACACAAGAAAAGAUUAAUCAACAUCGUAAUCAUUAUCACAUAAAUGUCACAGGCAAUAGAAUACCUAAACCUGUUUUAGAAUUUAUUGAAUUAUCAAGAGAUUAUGGUAUAUCCAAAAAAUUAAUAAAUAAUAUUAUAAAUUGUGGUUAUCAAUAUCCUACUCCAAUUCAAAUGCAAGCUAUACCUGUUAUGUUACAAGGCAGGCAAAUAUUAGCUUGUGCUCCAACAGGAUCUGGAAAAACAGCUGCAUUUUUGUUACCUAUAAUUCAUCAUUUAGGUGGACCAGAAAAAAAAGGAUUUAGAGCUGUUAUAUUAAGUCCAACAAGAGAAUUAGCAAAACAAACAUAUAGAGAAUGUUUACGUCUUAGUGAGGGAUAUAAUUUUAAAAUUCACAUUAUAAGUAAAAUAAAUCAAGCAUUAAACAAAUAUGGACCUAAAAGUUCACAAAAAUUUGAUAUAUUAAUCACUACUCCAAAAAGAAUAAUAUAUUUAUUGAAUCAAGAUCCACCAGCUAUUUCUUUUAAUAAUGUUGAAUGGCUAAUUGUGGAUGAAGUAGAUAAAUUGUUUGAAGAUGGAAUAAGAUGCUUCAGAGAUCAAUUUGAAAAAAUUUCAAAAUCAUGUACAAGUGAAAAAUUACAUAAGGCAAUGUUUAGUGCAACUAAUACUCCUAUAGUAACCAAAUGGUGUCGACGUAAUUUGAAAGGUCUUAUAACAGUUACUGUUGGACAUAGAAAUGCUGCAACUGAUUUGGUAGAACAAGAACUUUUAUUUGUUGGUGCAGAAAGAGGAAAACUUGUAGCUCUUAGAAAUAUUAUUCAAAAGGGAAUAUUACCACCUGUGCUGGUAUUUGUACAAAGCAAAGAAAGAGCACAAGAAUUAUUUAAUGAACUUAUAUAUGAUGGAAUUAAUGUUGAUGUAAUUCAUGCUGAUAGAACACAAACACAGCGAGACAAUGUAGUUCGUUGUUUUAGAGAAGGAAAAAUAUGGGUCUUAAUAUGUACAGAAUUAAUGGCAAGAGGUAUUGAUUUUAAGGGUAUAAAUCUUGUUAUCAAUUAUGAUUUUCCAUCAUCUGCUAUUUCUUAUAUUCAUAGAAUUGGUCGUACUGGUAGAGCUGGACAUAAAGGAAAAGCAAUUACUUUUUUUACUGAACAAGAUACUACAAAUUUAAGAAGUAUAGCUACUAUCAUGCGAGAAUCUGGAUGUAAUGUUCCUGAUUAUAUGUUAGCUAUGAAAAAACAUAGUAAAAAGGAAAAACGAAAACUUGAACAUAAAGCUCCUACUAGAGAAAAGAUAUCAACUAUUCCUACAUUUAGACGUGUACAUAAUAAAGAAAAAAUAAGACAAGUUACUAUAAAUACUUUGGGAAAUAAAUUAAAGAGUGAAGAAAUUGAAGACAAGAAAAUAAAUAAAAAAAAUAAAAAAAAAAAAGAAAAUAAACAAACUAAAACUUUAAAAAAAGAAAUUAAAAAAAAUUAAAAAAAAAAUAAAAAUACUGAAAAAU